AUGGCAAUUGAUAAGAAACACUUAGUAACUAAUGAUAAACUGGUAAAUUUAGAGAAACAAGAGAAAAAAUUACUUAAAAGAUUAAACAAUACCUUAAUUAUUAACUCAAAUAUUAAAUUAUUCAAAUUUAAACCAUGGAUAAGUUAUAAAAUAAAUAAUAUAUUAGACUAUAAUAAAGAACAACAAGAUGAUAUAAUAUUGGAAUAUAUUUUUGAAUUAUUAAAUGAAAACGAGGAAAUUAAUUUAGAAAAUUUAUAUUUCCAAUUAAUUGAUUUUUUAAAUAAAGAAAAUUCAAUCAAAUUUGUUUUAGACUUAUAUGAAUUGUUGAUUGAGGCUCAGUCGAGUGAAACUGGUGUUGCUAAGGAGCUAUUGACUAUACAGAAAGAUAAACAAGUUAUUUAUCAUGAUAAAAGAGAGCCGGAUAAUAAGGAUUUUGAAGGACAAAAUUACAACAAACCAGGAGAAAACGUAAAAAGAAAUUAUACCAGAUCAAGAAAAAAUUAUGCGAGAACAAACUACAAUAGAUCAGCAAAUCACGAGAAAACAAAUUACAAUAGAAUAAAUAAUAAUAAAGAGGAUAGAGAAAGAAAAGAUGAUAUUUUCAAUGAUAAUCAAGAUCGAGAAAGAAAAGAUGAUAUUUCCAAUCAUAAUCAAGAUCGACGAGAAAGAAAAGAUGAUAAUUUCAAUCAUAAUCAAGAUCGAGAAAGAGAGCAUGAAUUUUCAAAGUACAGAAUUGGAUCUGAAAGAGAUUAUGCUCACGAUAAUUAUAGAAAGAGGUAA